AAUUGGAGAUUAAAUUGUUUGUUACACACACGGCUCUAUCGGACCAGUCAAGCGUUUAACCGAAUGACAGCAGUGUUAUUCUGUCGUUAGUGUUACAGUGUUUCCCGUACCGGUGAGAAGAAUGUGACUUCUACGUAAAAAAUUUUAAACUAUCUUCAGGGGAAUCAAGGAUGAUACAAUUAUUUUUGUUAUAAAACGGAUAUAUCAAUUCCGGUCUUACUGGCAUUUUGAAGUGUGAAGCGGAGACUGUUUGCGAUUUGAUUUAAAAUUACGGAAAUUCAUGCGAGCGGAAUAGCAAUUAUUGUAAUGCUUAUAUGUUUAUUUCCUUGCUGAUGUUUAUUCUUACGAGAAAAUUUAAAUUAGGAUCAUUAGACUGCAUCUUGUUUUGAUUUUUCAACUUUUUUUGUGUACUAGGAAAAUGCUCCGUUUAUUCCUUAUUACGUUCAUUUUGAUUUGUUUCUUGUCGACGCGGAUAACGGCGAAAAACGUGACGGAAAUUAUUCUGCCGUGUUCCAGUCGAAUUUAUUGCGGUGGGCCGCUAUUAAAAGCCAUUCAAAGAAUGCACCUGUACAAUGACUCUAAGACGUUUGUGGAUUUACCCAUGUUUAAUCGAACGGAAGAGGAGAUCCUAGAGAAUUUUGCUAAAAUUGAUAACGACACUCUGACCAAAGUUACGCUAAUGAACUUUAUUAUGGAGAACUUUAUGGCCUGUGGCGCGGAAAUGAUGCCGUUCCGACCAGCAGAUUACCGGCUGGCCCGGGAGGGCGGCCUGGCGCUGCUUCACGACAUUCAGGAUCCGGCCGUGCGCAAAUUCGCCGCGGUCAUCCAUAAUAAAUGGGACGAUCUUGGGCGUUACUGUGCAGAAUCGGUGGCGAGACAUCCGGAACAGCACUCCUUGAUAUACGUCCCGCAUCCUUUCAUUAUUCCCGGCGGGCGCUUCCGUGAGAUCUACUACUGGGACUCCUUCUGGGUUAUCCAGGGUCUGAUGGUGUCCAAUAUGGCCGACACCGCACUGGGCAUGUUGCGCAACAUUGCGCAUUUAAUCCACCGAUUCGGUCAUAUGCCCAACGGCAACCGUGUCUACUACCAGAAACGCUCCCAACCGCCGGUCUUCGCCCUGAUGGUCGACGCAUUCUGUCAGCAUCCUAGCGUACCACGGGAGAAGGGUCUGGCCGUGGUGCAAGAGAUGCUGCCGUAUCUGGAAAAGGAGUAUAAAUUCUGGAUGACCGAACGCCGGGUGGAUGUGUCCAUACGCGGGAAGAUCUACACCAUGAACCGGUAUCGCGGCGGGAUGAACCAGCCGCGACCGGAAAUGUACCGGGAAGAUGUGGAGCAGGCAGCAUUACUCAAAAACGGGCGAAGUCACGAGGAUUUGUACUCUAAUAUUGCCGCCGCUGCGGAGAGUGGCAUUGAUUUCUCAACGCGAUGGCUGGACAAUCAAGAUGCCCCGUUCAACAAUAUCCGCACGAAAACCAUUCUCCCGGUGGAUCUCAAUGCGUUCCUCUGCGCACAGGAACGCUUAAUGGGCACUUUCUAUGAUCUCACUGGUAAUGCAAAGAAAUCCGCACUGUACCAUUCCAAAGCGAAAAGCCGCGGCAGCGCCAUGCACGAUAUUUUCUGGAACGAGGAAUUAUCCAUGUGGCGGGAUUAUGAUCUACAAGAAGGCCGGCAGAGGACUGAUUUCUAUUUAAGCAGUAUUGCUCCGUUGUUUACGCAGUGCACCGGAUCGGGGGUCAAUAUCACCACGGCGGAGUUUGCAAAUAGAGUUCUCAAGAGCGAUGAUAUUACAAAAAUCAGCGCAUAUCCCGGUGGGUUCCCCGAGUCGUUAUCGAAGAAUGCCAGACCGGACAUGCAGUGGGAUUAUGCUAAUGCUUGGCCGCCGCAUCAGCUGAUGCUGGUCGAAAGCUUCGCGCAGUUUCCAGAAACUCGUUCCACUGCGCUGCAGUUUGCGCAGAAAUAUUUUUCCGCCGUUUAUGCUGGUUAUAACAGUAGUGGGUACUUUUUCGAAAAGUAUGACGUGAAUGAUCCGGGAAAAUAUGGCGGCGGCGGUGAAUAUCAAGUACAAGAAGGUUUCGGCUGGACCAACGGCGGUAUACUGCGCCUGAUCGAACUGUUCCCCGGCGAAUUAACCGUCAAUUACAACCACACCCCGUCCAGUCAUACCGGAGGCGGAUUCAUGGCGGAUGCCAACUGGAAAUACGUCGCUUUAGCGGCAUUUGGCGUGGUGUGCCUACUGGUCGUCGGUGGGAUCGUGCUGAAAAAGAUCAAAUUCCCAACGAAGAAGGAGCCAUCGGCUAAGAUCGAGGCAAAGCGCGACAGUCAGGAGGAUUUGUCGCUGGUCCGGUCGACUGAGUGACAAUGGAAGCCAGCGAUGAAGAAUCGACCAAUCAGCGAUCUGUGAGGGAUACUGAACCAAAGAGCGCUAAAGUGAUCGUCAUUUCCAGAAAUCUAUCACCGGCCGACUUUACGAUAUGUGCUUGUAUAAUUUAUUUAACCGCUAUGGACACUAUUGUUUUAAUGUGCAUAGCUUUUUGCGUAAUGGUGCAUUACGCCUUAUCCAGUCAGUAUUGCUAAGCGAGAUUUAACCAAAACAACACAAUAAUUAUCAGGGCGCACAUAAUUUCAGACCACACAGAAAUGCUUAAUAAAUGUGACAGUGAGCU